AGGCGAGGACUACAAAGUUCCAGUUGGACCGUGCAGUGCAGCGACCUUUUUCAUGCACUUUUUCUAUCUCGCCAUGUUCUUUUGGAUGCUUGUUUCAAGCCUGCUGCUCUUGUACCGGUCAGUCUUGGUCUUCUCCCAAAUGUCCAAAUGGACCAUGUUCGCCAUUGGCUUGACUGUGGGAUACGUUUGCCCUCUGAUCAUAGCUGUUACUACAGUUGCUGCCACUGCACCUGGGGGUGGAUAUGUAAGGGAAGAUCUAGCUUGUUGGCUAAACUGGACAAAGACCAAAGCCCUCCUGGCCUUAGUGAUCCCUGCCUUGGCCAUAGUUGUGUUCAAUAUUUUGGUCAUUCUGGUGGUUUUGUACAAGAUGCUCAGAAGACGAAGCACUGGAAACCAAGCCCAGGCAGAUGAGAAAAAUGCCCUGCUAGUCAUUCUAAGAUGUGUGGCUGUACUGACUCCGCUAUUCGGACUCACCUGGUGUUUGGGAAUUGGAACCAUGGUGGACCCAACAAAUGGAGGGAUCCAUGUUGCUUUUGCUUUCUUCAACUCAUUGCAGGGUUUCUUCAUUUUAGUGUUUGGGACGUUAUUCGAUGCCAAGAUCCGCUCUCUUGUUUUGCGACAAGUGCCUGCAUUAAGCUCUACUUCUAAUCGCACAAGGAGCACUAGUGCAGGAACUUCCUCCAGUAGAGCAGAAAACAUCAUAAACCGAAUUUUUCGGAGAAGGGGGGUGUACCAUGUUUCACAAGUUCCAAACACAAGCAGCAACACUGACUCCUCACAGUCAUACAGCAGUCUGCAGAUUUAAGCACUAAAUUCCUCUUUUUUGUUGUUAAUUUAUUUGUAAAUGCUGCUUUUUAAAGAUAAAAAAAUGGUUAUGAUGCUAUAAAUAGUCCAGCAUCAUAACCAUUGCACAAAGUUCCAUCCACAAACUUAUGAAGGAAGCUGAAAUAGUAUUUUAACACAGUGGCACAUCUCUUGUGCACUUUACUGCUGUUUCUGUCUUGAUAUUGUGAAGCCUACACCUUCACAGUCAGAAUGUAUGGGAGUUUUUACAGUGCAAUGUAGAGAGCUGAAAAGAAUAAAAUAAUAAUUUCCACAACCCUGAACUCUUCCACUAAUGUUACACAAGAUCAUUUCAUAGAUGAUUGAAAGAAAAGUUAUGUAAAAUAUGACAACGUAAAAACAGUCAUAUUAGGAAUUACAUUUAAAAUUAAAGCAAAGAUAUAAUGGUGCCGCUUUAGAAAAUGGAGUUAAAAAGAAGUAUUUUUUAAAAAUGUUGAAGGCUAAUUCAAAAGCUGAGUGAAAUGUUAAUCUCUACAGAAAUUCACGUAAAAUAUGGAUACUGGUUUGAUUCCCAUUCAAAGAUGUGGACAUUAGAUGAGUUGAAGAUGACUUGGGUAAUAAUUAAGAACAUUUUAUCAGAACAGCUGCAGAUCCCAGAAGGUUGAAAAUAAAACAAUGAGAGUUAAUGAACUGAAGACUUAAUGAACAACAAAACUUGUUCCCUUUUAUCCCACACAGUGGAAUCUGCUGGGCAGUUGUAUCAAACGCUUGGCUCAGUGGUUGCAGUAAAUAAAGUUACUUUUCUUGUUUUCAGUUGGAUCAGGGCAUUUUCCUCAACCUCUUUUUUUUAUUAUUUUAUGAAAACUAUAUAGCGCCUUUUUCUGCCAUGUUUAAAGGUAUAA